UUCAAAGGAUGAUUUCAGCCAGCUGUUGGUGGACUUUUCAAGAUGGUAUGAUGGACUUGGACAUGUCAAUAUGCUAAAAGUUUUGUACAACAACAGAGAUCAUGUGCCAAUUUAUAAUGAAUUAAGUGAGGCUACUAAGGUGAUAUCCUUGCUAAGUAUGUUAAUUGGUUCUGGGAAUUUGAGUCCUACAAAUCUCACUAUCCUGUAUGACACUAUAAAAGUGACUGGACAAUUUGGCUUCAACUCCAGAAUUAUACUUCCACUUAUACAAAGAAUCAGGGAACAUGAAGUAACUAAAUUCUCAUGGUACAGACAGUUCCUGUUCAAGCUAGGAACGGUAUUGACUGAAGAUGAUAUAGUAGCGCUUGAUGUAAGAUAUAACUUGCCCCUGUUAAAGAAUUACAAUGAUAGCUGGCAUUUGAUUCUGGAUCUAGAACAAAAGAAUAAGCUUUGUGAAGAAAAGAUUGAUGAUUUUAUUGAAGGAUUACCAAGUUGCUUGGCUGUGAAGUCUUUACUUGAAGGUAUUAAAGAAGCAUCAACAUCAAAUAGAGCAAAAGUAAAUGAAGGUAAUGAAUUUGGAUUACAAUCAUCAACAAAGCCCUUAGAUUUGCCAAGCAAAGAAGACAUAAUUAUCAAAGAUUUCUUGAUGAAAACGCAACAACAAAUAUAUAGAGAUUUAAAAAGAAUGACACCAUCAAUCUGGCAUAAAAAUCAUGUUGUAGAUAUUGCAGAAACGUUUACUGAACUCAUCUUACAUCAGUCAACAAGAAAAGGCAAUAGAGAACCAAAAGACAAAGAAAAAAAAGAAAAAAACAAAGAAGAAAAAGAUGAAGAGUAUACAGGUGAAGAGCAUACCAAGGAAGAAGAACAUAUAGAACAAGAACAAGUCAAGUCGACAUGUAUAAUGGAGCCAGGUAAACCUGCAUCAUUAACAGAGGUAUUAGAUCUUAUUAAAUCAACAGAUGCAUGUAAGGUAUUAAUAACAGGGAAGGGAGGAAUGGGCAAGACUACUCUCCUUAAAUAUAUUGCUUAUCAGUGGGCUACUGAUGAUGAACAUGUCUUUGCUGAUAAAUUACUGUUUAUGAUGAAUAUCAGGGAAAUUAAAACAUGUGUAAAGUUCUUGGACAUGAUUGUGAAAAAAAUGGAUUCAAACGGAAUAAUUAUAAAGAAUGAUUUGAAUGAUAAUUCUGUUGAAAAUUUCCUGGUCAAACAUGACAAUGAAAUAGUAAUUUUGUUAGAUGGAUAUGAUGAGUUAGAAAGGGAUGCUAAAGACCCAUUAGAUCUAUUUAAAGGAACUGAAUUGCAAAAAAGCACUGUGGUGAUAACAUCUCGACCUGACAACACAGCUGAUUUGGUUAAAUCUUGUGAUGUACACAUUGAAGUAAAGGGAUUCAGUCCAGGAAACAUAAAGAAAUAUAUUCACAAGCAUUUUAAAUCAAUUGGUGCAACUGAAGUUGGUGAAUUGCUAAUAAAAGAGUUCAGAUUUGAUUCAGAGUAUACAAUGUAUUGGGGUGGUGAUCACAAACAAGCGUUUGAAUUGUGUUCAUCUCCACUGUUAUUGCUUCAUAUUUGCACCAUAUGGAAACAAAUACGUCUUCUUCCCACAUACUUGCCAGAUCUCUUCAAGGAAAUCAUUUGUUGUACUUUAAAUCAAUACCUAAACAGGACUGGCAACGUGACUGCAAUUACUAACUUUGACAGAAUUCCAGAUCAAUAUAUGUCUGCCCUUUUAGCUUUAGGAGAAUGUAUGUAUGAAGGACUAAAGAAAAAUGCACUAUCUAUUGACAAAUAUGUUUUGUCAGAGAUGGCAAAUAAUAAAAAACUAGUAAAUUUAGCACUGAAUUUUGGAUUUGUUUAUGAAGAUACCCCUGUUGAUCCAGGUGACACAAGGGAGAUGUACACACCUCCGCAGAAGUUAAUUUCAGAGGCACUAGCCGGGCUGUUCCUGUCUGCACGAAUUCAGAAAGGGAGUGCAGGGUUUUACUUGGCUAAUCAAAUUCAGGAAGAUAAUUUGAAAGCAGAGGAGUAUGAGGUGAUAAGAUCUAAUAAAUAUCUACAUAUGACAAGAGUGUUUACAGUAGGAUUUCUUGGUGCUAAAGCUGGUAAAUUGCUAAAACAUUGGUUCUUAAAGAGGGCCUCAAAUUUGUGCUCAAUAGCACAAUGUUUCAGACAUGUGAAAGAUGAACAUAAACACCAUGUACUGCAGGAAUUGGAUAACAACAGUGAAAUGAAAGCAUGCUGUGAGCAAAUAUGUCAGUCAUUCAGAAGAAUUCAUAAUGACGACGACAUCAAAAAUAUGCAUUUAUUCAAACUUAUGUGUUACAUUCAAUGUGAUUAUGGGAAAAUAAAAUAUCAACUUGAACAGGCAGCAAUCUUUAAUAUAGAUACAUCCAGUGAAGAGUCUUUAAGAAUUUCAUGCAGAGAUUUUGUACACAGCUCAGUUGUAGUACAAGGAAGUUGGCCAACUCAUAAUUUUUUUAAAUAUAUUUCGAAUUGGGGAGAUUCAAGAAUCAAUAUUCUUUCCACUGCAAUGAAAAAUAUAGAUAUGACAUAUAAUCUAAGCUAUAUUGACUUCAAAGUAAAUUCUUCAGUCUUAAUUCAUUUCUUAAAUUAUGCAAGAAACUUAUCUACCAUAACACACUGUAUAACUUCUGUACUCCGUGAAGCUAUAAAUGAAUUACACAGAAGUCACACAAAGUUGAAAUUAACAAAACUGGCUAUUGAAGAUAUAUGUGAUAAUGAUGUAGGUUUAUUAGAAAAACUGUUUGAAGUGGCUCCUGAACUAAAAUAUUUAGAGGUAGCCAGAUGUAAACCAUCAGGCAGUAUUAUUAAAAUGGUGAUGUAUUGUUAUAGGAUGAAUGUAACAGUGAUAAUCAACAUGGGGGGUAACCUGAGCCAAAGUAACCUUUCAGAUAUUGAUAGUGAAUCACUUGCAGCAUUAAUAUGGAUAGUUAGUCAGUCUAGCAAUUAUCCUGGUUAUGCACACAAUUGUACUUUCAAGUGGAGGAAUUAUUCUCUUACAGCUGAUAACCUACAAAGGCUGGUUGAAUCAGGUGUAAGUAUGAGACUGAUUUGGAAAAAGAUAGAUUUGGGUAAGGUUAACCUAUCUUUAGUCAGUGGUAGAACAUUAGCUUGCCUUUUUAAAAUCUCCCCAUACCUGAGCCAUAUUGACAUGAGAUAUUGCAGUUUAUCCAGCAGUACUGUUAAUGAAAUGAUGGAGGAAUGUGGUAGGAUGAAUGUAGCAUUAGUAGAAAAAAAUCUUAUUCUAAAGGGCAAUGACCUAUCAGAUAUUGAUGGUAAAUCACUUGCAGAGUUAGUCGGGGUAGUCAAUACACAGUAUAGACCUUUCAAGUGGAGGAAUUAUUCUCUUUCAGCUGAUAACCUACAACAGCUGGUUGAAUCAGGUGUAAAUAUGAGACUGGAUUGGAAAAUGAUAGAUUUGAGUAAGAUUAACCUAUCUUCAAUCAGUGGUACAACAUUAGCUUGCCUUGUUAAGAUUUCUCCAGACCUGAGCCAUAUUGACAUGAGUCAUUGUAGUUUAUCGGGCAGUAUUGUUAAUGAAAUGAUAGAGAAAUGUGAUGGAGUGAUUAUUCUCUUUCAGCUGAUAACCUACAACAGCUGGUUGAAUCAGGUGUAA